AUGGUCAGGUACCUGGGCUCUCUGUGCGCUGUGGCAUUCCUGCAAACAUCCUGGGUCUCACUGGCUGCAGCUUCAUUCGUCAAUCCAGUCCUCCAUGAUCUCUUUCUUCGAGACGACUCCUCCUGUGCCACUAAUUACACUUCAUGUGGAAGCUCAUAUCCGUUAGACUUUUGCUGCUCUUCGGACACAACAUGUCUUGGCUUGGACAACUACACCACUGUCCUUUGCUGUCCAACUGGCUCGGAUUGUUCCUUCAUUGUACCCAUUACUUGCGAUAUGCAGUUGCAGAAUGCCACCGCUUAUCCAACCGCUCCGGUCAAAACUACCUUGCUGUCUGACGACCCGCCAGCUUGCGGUAGUGGGUGUUGUCCAUUUGGCUAUACAUGUGCAAAGAACACCACAUGUGUCCUUGAUAGAUCAACCUCGUCACUAGCAAAUUCUUCUGCCUCUGCUUCCAGUUCAUUGACAACAGCCUCGACUACGGUCUUGUCAACAUCAGGCCCCCUGACUAUUGCCUCCACCACUCCGACAACUAUAUCUAUCAGUGAUUCAUUGCCUACAACAGCAACAGCGGCAGCUACUUCUGAUGCUUCGGUCAACUCGACACAAACUCAAACAGCUGCUACUUGCCAGGAAUAUCCUGCCAAAGCUGUUGUCGCUGGCUUCUUCCCCGGUGCAAUUGCGGGUUCUCUGGUGGCUGCAAUCAUUGUGAUGUGCAGACGACGUUCAGCGCAGCACGAGGGAGAGACCACCAACCAAAAGAGUCAUCGAUCUUCGCGAGGUGCCAUCAUCGGGAUAUCAGACCCCAUCCCAGACGAGGAUAAUGGCUCAUUCCGAACCGACUUCCUCCUACGACAGAGGUUUAGUGGUCGGUACCCAACGCCAGGCACUGUUUCACGUCCGAAAUCGAGGAUUCGCCGGACCGGGACACGGGUGAAGAGUAUCUUUAUUGGGGCGAAUAACAACAACAACAACAACAACAGAACCAAUCCCAAUGCUGUCAGUCCCCAAUGGAACAGUGCAUCACCGCCACCUGUUCCUUCUAUGCCGGCUGCACGUGAGAUUCCAGUCACUCCGCCGCAGCAGACUGGAAGACUCGGUCCACGGGAGCCCAGCACGGAGAGUAUCAAGGUCUAUUCUCCUCCCAACAUGCUAGGCAUUGAUCAUAGCAACCGAGAUCGUAAUACCACUUUCAGCGAGGUUAUGGAACAGGCAGGUUUUCACAAUGACAAGGGCGAGCCUUCUUACAAAGUCACCAAGACUCCUAGUUUGUCGGAGAAGAGCCCAUCGCAGACGAAGUAG